GUUGGCUGGCCUGGCAUAUCUGUGACUGAGCGAUACUCUUCACAUUCCUUCGUUCUCUUCCUUCCUCUUACGCUGACACUGGCACUUCAUAUGCAUUCUCUUCCCCGUCAUCUGCUUAGGAAAUACUUAAGCCUGUCAGUAUUCACGGGGAAGCUUGCUAGGUCUAUCACGUGCGUUAGAAAGCCUUAUAAAGUCAAUCAGUAGACGGUAACUCUAGGAAACAGGUGUAGUGGAGGAGGGACACAGGCACAGUUGGGUAUGACUGUGAUGGGACUGAUGCAACAUGCCAGCCAAUUCAGAGGAUAAUACUAGCAAACCAACCCACGUAAUGCCAAGGUCAGGCGCGGGGGAGCAACCUAACUAAACCGUGCACGCCUUCCCCAACCCGCCGGAGAAUCAACAGGCUGACACUAGACUAGACAGGGAAGAGGCGUGUCGGUUAGAGCUGGCAACUGAGGCAGGGCGCGAGACACUGGAGUGAGGCGGACAGCAGACACGCCACGUCCGGCAAGGCAUACGGGAUUUCAUGUGGAUUUUAAGAGUUUACACGAGUAUCCGACCAGCCACUCAAUGAAGCGGACGCCAGGCAGCAGCAGGCGCCGUUUGUGAGGUCCUUGACACAUCCCACAGGACCGUAAGAACAGUGGCCGCGGUGGUAGUGUCGCCCGAGGGUACACCUGCACUAACACACAGGCAAAGAUGGGCGUGGAGCAGGGCGGCGUACGACGGGAGGACGGCUCGUGGGUGAAGGGCGAGGGCGGCCACAAACACGGAUUCGAGCUGCUGGAGGAGCUGAAGAGCAAAGAUGCCCUCACCGUGCCGGCCAUCCUGGAGUACGCCGCCGCCAAGCACGGCACGGCGCCCUGCAUGGGCACGCGGCAGCUGCUGGAGCGGCAGAAGAUCCAAGAGAACGACAAGAAGUUGGAGAAGCUGCGGCUGGGCGAGUACAGCUACCUGUCCUACAAGGAGGUGCUGGACAUGACCGACAAGUUCAGCGUGGGCAUGAGGAACCUCGGCCUAGGCAGCGGCGACCGCGUGGCUAUGUUCGCCGAGACGCGCGCCGAGUGGUUCAUGGCGGCGGUGGGCUGCCUGAGGAACAACUCCAGUGUGGUGACGCUCUACACCAACCUGCCCAACGAGAGCAUCGCCGAGAGCCUCAAGGAGACCGAGGUGCACACCGCCAUCACCACGCACGACCUGCUGCCGCGCUUCUUUAAGAUCGCUCCACAGUGCUCACACCUCAAGCGCAUCAUCGUCAUCGAGGACCAGCUGGAGGGCGUGGGCUCCACCCUCGAGGCACCCGCAUCCAUACAGGUGGUGGCUUUCAAAGACGUACUCACAAUGGAGGCCAGCGAAGACGCCAAGCCCCACGAAGCCCCCAAGCCCGACGACGUUGCCAUCAUCAUGUACACCAGCGGCUCAACCAGCCUGCCCAAGGGCGUGGAGCUCAGCCACCGCAACAUUUUCUCCGCCAUCACGGCGUACUGUAUCCAGGCAGACCUGGGCCUCGGGGACACCUACAUCGCCUACCUGCCACUGGCCCACGUCAUGGAGCUGGCCACCGAGACGGCCCUCAUGGCCAUGAACGUCACCAUUGCCUACUCGUCGCCCUUCACGCUCACCAACAACAGCGCCAAGGUGAUGAAGGGCACGCUGGGCGACGCGCGCGUGGCGCAGCCCACCUGCAUGAGCGCCGUGCCCAUCAUCCUGGAGCGUAUCAUCAAGGGCGUGACGCAAGUCAUCGAGAACCAGGGCUACAUCAAGGCUAGGAUAUUCAAGGAGGCUCUCAAGUUCAAACAGCGGCAGGACAACCUGUCCUUCGCAGGGAAGGUCCUGGACAUACUCAUCUUUAACCGAGUGAAGGAGGAGCUGGGCGGGCAGUUGCGCAUGCUGGUGGUGGGCGGCGCCCCGGUUUCGCCUGAGACCCACAACAAGAUCCGUGCCAUGUUUGGCUGCACGGUGCAGGUGGGCUACGGCGCCACGGAGACCAGCGCCUGCAUCUGCAGCAUGGACACCCACGACGCCCGCACGGGGCACUGUGGCCCGCCCAACCACGGCGUGGUGCUCACGCUGGAGGACUGGGCUGACGGCGGCUAUCUCACAACGGACAAGCCCAACCCACGCGGCCAGAUCGUGGUGGGCGGCCCCAUGGUGUCCCGCGGCUACUUUCGCUCCCCAGAGAAGACCAACGAGGUGUUCUUCGAGCGGGACAACAUGCGCUGGUUCCGCACGGGCGACAUUGGCGAGGUGGACGAGACGGGCGUGCUGCGCGUCAUCGACCGCAAGGUGGACCUCAUCAAGCUGAGCAACGGCGAGUACGUGUCGCUGGGCAGCAUCGAGAGCAAGCUGAAGACCCACUGCCUGGUGGACAGCAUCUGUGUGUGCGCCAACCCCGGCGCCAAGAACGUGGUGGCCAUCAUGGUGCCGCACCCCGACCACAUCAAGAAGAUCGGCACCAAGCUGGGCCACCUGGAGGACGCCACCACCGCAGCCCUGUGCCAGGACCCGGCCGUGGCAGAUGCCUUCGUGGAGGAGCUCAAGGCACACGGCAAGAAGCAAGGCCUUGGCCGCUGGGACCUGCCCGCCGCAGUCUUCCUCACGCCGGAACCCUGGACGCCGGAGUCUGGGCUGGUGACGGCGGCGCUCAAGGUGAAGCGCACGCCCAUCAAGACACACUUUAAGGAGGACCUGGAGCGGCUGUACCGGAGGCUGGAGGAGCAGGACGCCCUGACGCCAUGAGUGUUGCCACGUCAGGUAGUGGCGCCACUGCGGUCGCUGGCGCUGCGUCCCGCAAGGCCACUCGUCGCGCUCCUCACGCCCGCCUUGGAACUCGUUGCCGCGGUCAUAAAGUUCACUAUUAGGAAAGCCCGAGAUCUCACGCAACUCACGAAACCAAUCGACAAACGCGAGUAGCUCGUCCCGCCCCGAGGCGCCCACGACACCGCACCAGGUCGUCAGGUCAUGAAUUGGCUAACCACACCAAAACAGUCACUCGUUGCCGCUUAGCCUUCCCGUUACUGACGUCCACAGGAAACACUCGGGACACUGGCGGAACAAAGGCGUCUCUAUCAAAAUCUCAAGAUGAGUUAUACUUGGGUAGUGGAGGACGUGGGCUGUGCUCAACACACCCUCACCCCCACUAGCGAGGCUGGUGCGGAAAAAAAAGAUAAAACGAUACAUUCUGGCCAACGUAACCGUGCUGGAUUCCUUUCAAUACGUGAAUAUUUUGUGGUAAUGAAUGGGAAAUAAGUAUCUACCAUUUAGGAAAUUGAAAUUCCCGAAUUAUUUUUAUACCCUCGCAAAGAUCACACACACACACACACACACACACACACACACAAAAGAGAGUAUUUUUGCAAUCGCGAAAGAUUUAUUUCAUGACAUUACGUUUAUUGAUAUCGGAGUUUAUAUUAUUGUCGUAGAAUAUUUUAGCGUAGACUAUACUAUACAUUAUGGACAGUGAAGAUGAACGAGGGUUUUCCCAAAGCCUGAGUGUCUUAAAGGUGCUGCACGUCCUGACCGCGUCCGUCUCGCCACACUGCAGGCAGCAUUCAAACUCUGCAACGAUUGCUUCCCUUCUCUCACGUGCCGUGAAGGGAAGCCCUGCGUGCCACGACCACCACCAACACAACCACUACCAUCACCUCCUCCACCUACACCUCCACCUGCACCGCUUCUCCACUUAGUCAGGGCACGGCAAGCUUUGGGAGCAAGGCCACGCCGUUCUUGUUGUUGUCGUGGCAGCGGUAACGCCCACAUGCACACUGGCCACGGAACAGACGAUGCUUUCCAUACUCGCUUUGAGUCUCGUGGCGCCGGUGGGCACACCAAGUACAAAAUCUGUCACAAACUAUUAAUCAAAAGCAUCCCCAGAAAUACACCCGACUAACAAGUAUCAGCUGUAUUGUUCAAUAUAUAUAUAUAUAUAUAUAUAUAUAUAUAUAUAUAUAUAUAUAUAUAUAUAUAUAUAUAUAUAUAUAUAUAUAUAUAUAUAGUUAGUGCAUGUCCGCUUUGUUCCUUUCACAAGCAAAUAAAACUGGAAUGGAAUAAUGAAAAUUCCUAUUGGUUCUGUAUAUCCAAGGAAAAAAUAUUUUAUUCAGCAAACUGUCAAAAAGUUUCACCGAAAACGGAAGCAAACGGGUAAAAAUUUAAUUAAAGUUUGGAGCAAACACGGAGGCAGAGUGUCGCGUCCACCGCGAGGCCCCGCGUGGCGCGCCGCCUCACCUGUGUCGCCCGUGUCACCUGUGUCACCUGUAUCACCUGUCGCCUGGCCCGCCCACCAGCCCCGCCUCACGCUGGUCCCGCGGCGCCGCCCUCCACUCACCGCGUUAUGCAUUAUUGUGUAUGCACUGUUGUUCGCAGGAUUCAGGCUGUGCCAGUCUCGCACACACACACACACACACACACACACACACACACACACACACACACACACACACACACACACACACACACACACACACACACACACACACAAACAUACUGUCGAUUUACAUGGUAGAAAAUUUCGUUUUGUGGCCGAGUGGCAAAUACAGUCUGUUCAUUUAUAACUGAUUAGUAUGUAGGCUUAUAACUGUUUGGCCGGGUGUAGCGAGGUGUAGGGGUAUGUAGGACCGCUGGAUGUCCGUCACGGUGCAUCUGACACGGUGGUUAGUUCUUGGCUGUGUGACGCUGGACUGAGAGGACAAUGUUUACAAGUUAUUGAUGUAUAUUAUUAUUACCUUUGUUGCCUUUUGUUUGACGUUGAUGUAUUGGAAAGUCUUAUAACGGAAGAGAUAGAGGAAGUGUGUGAGAGGAGAGAGAAAGAAAGAGAGGGAAAAAUAUUAUCUGAAAGCCGUGUUAUGUUAUUGUCUUCCACUGUGUGUGUGUGUGUGUGUGUGUGUGUGUGUGUGUGUGUGUGUGUGUGUGUGUGUGUGUGUGUGUGUGUGUGUGUGUAAGGUGUUUUAGCCCCUGAACUUGCAAGAAAAAUAAAUAAAAUCAAAUGAAAACAACAAGGAGGAAGGAAGUGUGGUGGUGAAAACUUUAUUUAUUUACCGAGUUAUUUAUUUACACGAGGGCACGCUUAGAGUGGAAGAAAACGGGAAGUCACGCACAGAAAACGGUCCACAGUCACUGCCUUCUUUACUUGUGCGAUUAGUGCCUUACUGAUGACGAGAGAGAGAGAGAGAGAGAGAGAGAGAGAGAGAGAGAGAGAGAUUUUCCUAUCCUCUCUUCUAUAUCGUCAUCUGCUUAUUUUGCCGAGCUUGUUAACUAUACCUACGGAAUUCAAUGGCUGUUACAAGAUGUGGCUUCCUACACACACACACACACACACACACACACACACACACACACACACACACACACACACACACACACACACAAAGGCAAACGAUCUUCUGGUUUCUCACUUUCUUCACAAAAAUAGAUAAACUGACUUGCAUAAUUCCUCCGGAUUAGAAAUAUAUGUUCUCACUUUAAAAAAAAUCAA